AGUGGUGGUCAUCACAGUACUGGAAUCAUUUCAAGUGGCGCAGCUGGAGGCGGGCCUGGAGGUCCUGGAUCUAAAGGUGGCGGCGACCUGGGUGCACUUGGUGCUGGUGGACAGGCCGGACAACAAACUACUGGGGCCGGCGCCGCGAUUGGGACGGGUUCUAGCAAGUUGUCUGCUCGAGAGGCCAAGGCAUUAGCUGAAGAGCGCAUCCGGCUCACUGAAGCAUUCGUUCCUUCGUUGCCGGCUCUCUUGGUCAGGUAUGCUGAAAAUGCUCAUCGUGCCGCCAACUUACUUUCAAUCCCGCGCUACAUGGAUAUGGAUAUUUACACGACAGGUCGACACGAGCGCCACUUAGACCUGCUGCUCAAAUGCAUCCAGGUACAUAUUAGAGGCAUCGAGAAGUUAUGUACUUUCUCACAACGUAAUUUGGGGUGUCUUGCUUUUUACGCAGUCAAAAGUAAAUGGCCACAAAUAAAAUGUUUUAUUGAAGUUGUGUGA